AUGAUCGAAUCAAUGGACAAGGGAAAAUCCGAAAAGCAGAUAAAAGAGAAAGUACAGCAAUUGAAGGCAGAAGUACCCGAAGAGGGAAAAGGCCCAAAUGAAGAGAAGAAAAGUAUGCAUUAUGGUAAGAGCAGGACGGCUGAAAGCAGAAGAGAAAAUUUCGCUUUGCAGAGCGCUCUGGCAGAUCUUCCGAACAAGAGGAUUGAUACGCUUUACGAACCGCGCUUGAAUCCGCAUUUCCAGAAUUGGGAAGAAAACGGAAAGGAGCCGGAAAUGGCAGAGCAAUCCCUGGAAGUGUAUAGCAAGGGGAGCUUCAAGCAAGAAAGGGGUUGGAAGGAUACAGCCCGCGGCUAUACACGAGUGAAAGAAUACCAAAGCCGAAACCAAUGGGGACAGGCAACACAAGCGUCCACGGGGAGUAGGGAGGAGAAUGUCAGGCAGACGCAGGAAGAGGCGGCAGACAGAUAUGACGGAAAAGAAUGGAGAAGUAAAGCAAGCGUGAGAACCAUGCCCGAAAGAACGUUAAACCGAAGCCAAGAUAAGGCAACAGGCAAUCGGUAUGUCAUGGAGGCGAACGAACCAAGGUGUUAUAAUUGUGCAAGGUAUGGGCACUUAGCGAGAUCUUGCCCAGAGAAACACAAUAGCCGACGGAACCGUGCCAUUCAAAACGAAGAAAAUAUGACUCCAAUCACUUCACUGAUCCGCCGAGUGAAAGCCAUAGGAGUGAGAACACAAUGUAAGGAAGGACAAAGGACUGAAGUAGUGGGCAAACGAACCCUAAUGAAGGCGAAAUUGCUAAGAGGCGAUGUGGAAGCGCUAAUCGACACAGGGUCGAGGAUCAGCAUAAUACCGCUCAAGGUGCUAUCCGCAGCGUACGAAAGAGGGUACGAUGUGGAUUUCUUGGAGCGCAUCCAGGAAAACGACAUGAACAUUGUCUACGAUGCAUCUAGCAAUGGAAUGAAAUUUUUAGGAGGAGUAAGAAUUCCAACCGCGAUACAGGGAGGUAGAACAGCGCAAGUAGCAUUCUACAUCUCCGAAGAGGAUAGUUUAGAAAUCUUGCUAGGUACCAAUGCUUUAGAAAGUUUACUUACUUAG